UUUUUCUCGCUCGGCCGCUGUGUUCCAUGUGUGCGAGGACGUGGAGUUCAUCAGAAGUGCAUGGAUUUUUGUAUAGAGAAGCUCAAUGAGAAUGGUUGGGUCCACAUGUUUCCUGAAGGUCGCGUCACUCCAAACCCAAUUCGUAUAAAGUGGGGUGUUGGACGAUUGGUCAUGGAUGCAGAAAACCCUCCAGUAAUUCUACCAAUUUGGUGUACGAAUAUGGGUGAGGUUUGGACGGAUCAACCACCGUAUCAUCCACGAUUUGGCCAUAAUGUGGAUAUCCAUGUUGGUGACUUAUUGGAUACCCGAUCGAUACUAGAGGAGCUCUCUUCAAAAAAAGACUGGAGCGAGCUGAAAAAAAGAAAAUUCAUCACAGACGCAAUCCAGACGGAGCUGUUUAAGUUGGGCGAACGAGUUGGCGUGUUAGCAGAUGGAACAGCAGCUCGAAUUUUGCGUGAGAAUGUUAAUGAUAAGUUGUGA